CGCGGGAGUCAUCAGCCUUGGAUCUAGGUAGCCUUUGGCCUGUCGUUGACCUCAUUAGAGGUACCUGCCUGGGAAGACGGCUGGAUGUUAAAGCGGCAAGAGAUUCUUGGGCGAUGUCGAACGCUGGGCAUAGAUCGCGGGCUGCUUUCUAGGUCAAUUAACUAGGCAAAAGAUACAGAGCAUUAACCUCCCUCUCUGGCUCCAUUUAUUUGAGCGAAUAAACGAGUGUUAUCCUCCAAGCACUUACAGGCCCCUAGACGUUUGCUGGAGCUGCCUUCCUCCUUCAUCCAUUCAUCCAUCCGCAUCCCUUUUUCUUUGAUUAAUCUUUUUCUUCUGUCGUAUAUAACUACACCACACCGUAUACGUAUCUUUAUCCAUUCUACCUCGACCGGCGCUCAACUUACAUCCGGGCGCCAUUUACCAACAUGGCUUUCGCCACGAUAAACUCCGCACCUCCGACACAUAGUAUUCCCCCAGCACAAACACACACCCAAAUCCCAGCAAUUGAAGAUGCCUUUGGUGCCGAACCCGCGCUGAAGAAACGAGUUUACGAUGCGAUCGGGUCAACCCCUCAAUAUGUCCCUCUUUUCGAAGAUAUCGCUCGGUAUACCUCUAGCCUACGGACGAGAAGCGCGAACCCCGUUCAACCCAUCGAGGUUGUCAACGACGAGCCGGUCGCCAAAAAAAGGAAGAUCGAGAAUGGUACCUCGGGAGCUGGGACUGGGGCCACUCAAUCGCUGGCCGAUCUGAAAACACACAAGGCUCUGCAGUUCUACAUGCAGGAUGUAUCUUUCGCGAUUCCGCAAAGGAAAAAGUUGACGCUGGAGCUCACGGCAGGGAACAAGUAUCUGCGAGCUCGGAACCAGACGUCCAAGGAGGUGGAAUUCGGUGUCCCGCUGGAUAGAAUUCAACAUGUUUUGUGUCUCCCCGUCCCCGAAAAGAACCAUAAACAAUUCAACUUUUGCAUCAUUCCCCAGUUCGCCGAUGGAAUAAACCCACCUCCUGAAGGCGAAUCUACGCCCGAGACAAUUGUGUGGACGGUUAACGACGGGCCUGCUAAAUCUGCGUUUUCGGGACAGGGCCAGCAGAUUGGGAAUGGGGAAGGCGAGACGGCCGAGGCUCUUGUUCGCAAGGUGCUAAAUGACGAUCUGUCGCAUAUACAAGUGGUGCGCCCGGAUGCGCGGGAGUUUGCCAGCGCGAUACCGGAGGCACAUAGGAAGGGAGAAAAGGCGUACCAUGUCAAGGCAUUCCGUGGUAGCAAGGAUGGUUAUCUAUUCCUCCUGUCUACCGGUAUAUUCUUCGGUUUCAAGAAACCGUUGCUUUUCUUCGCAUUCGAGAACGUUGAUUCGAUUUCUUAUACCUCUGUCCUCCAGCGAACGUUCAACUUGAAUGUCGUGGCGCGCGCUAUUGACAGCGAGGCAACGCAGGAAUUUGAGUUCUCCAUGAUCGACCAGGCGGAUUUCUCCGGUAUUGAUGCUUACAUCAAAACACACGGCCUACAGGACGCUAGUCUCGCGGAUGCUCGACGCGCGAAACGCUACAAUAUCAACGGCGCGAAGACGGAAGAAAACACCGAGGCUGACGCGCAAGACGCUGAGGAAAGUGAACUACAAAAGGCACAUCGCGAGCUAGAAGACCAAGAAGACGAGGAUGAAGAGGAUUACGACCCCGGCAGCGAUGGCGAGAGCGAAGGAAGCGGCUCUAGUAGUGAGGAAGACGGUGACCAGGAUGAAGGUCAAGAAGAUGCGGAUGUCGAAGACGAGAACAUAGUGGCGGACGAACUCGGGAGCGAAGCGGAAAACGUCUCGGAGGAUGAGUUGUAACUUGUAAAUUGCAGUGUACAUUUAUAUGCAUGAGGUGCAUGCUGUCAGCUCUUUACCGUCAUGCUGUCCUAGAUUCAGCCGUUAGAGCCGACAUGUGUGUUCGAAGCUUGUCAAUCCGCUGGCAGGGUCCUGCUCUUAGCCUGUUGGUUUUCCGUUGGCCGGAGAUGGGGCCAUCUAAUCCAUAUCUCUGGGCAGUGAGCAAUCUCCACGUAGUCUAAACAAUGGACAACGAGUCAUCUACCCGUCCACGGCACAAGGAGCCACAGCGGUAACAAUAAAUGGGACGUGAUGCCGGCGAGCUGACAUCUCUCCUCCAU